UCUAUAUUUCUUUGACUUCAAUAAUUUGCUAUAACUUUUGUCUAUCAGAUUGUCAAAAAAUGACGGACGGAUCGUAUUGGGAUUGGGUGGGGAAGGUUAACAUUAUUUUGUUUGAGUGAAUCACUAGCGUGUAAUUUUAUACUAUUUAGUUUAUCUUCUAUUCUGUGAGUUUAUACAAAUGGACAAACACGGUAGCAGUUAAAUAUAAAGUGUACAUAAACUUUACAAUCUGGAUAGAGUGUGAUUGAUGCGUCUUUUACACAAAAAAAUUGUGUAAUUUUUUUGUAUGGCUGGAAGUAUCGUCCAACAUGCCUUUCGACUUUUUGUGUUGCGUGAGACCUGGCGUAGAAGAUGUAGUAGAGUUGGACUAUUCGCAUCAGUCGUUGAUCGACUUUCCAACGGAAGUGUUCGUGUACGAGAGGACUCUCGAAACACUGUUGUGCCAGAGUAACCGAAUCACGGAGUUGCCGCGCCAACUGUUUAUGUGCCACGGCCUGAAGUAUCUAGAUGUCUGUGACAAUGAAGUCGCUGCAAUCCCCGCUGCCAUAUCUUCCCUCGUAAACCUACAUCACCUGAAUAUCAGCAAAAACACACUUACAUCCAUACCGGAGACUAUGAAAGCUCUUAAGUAUUUAGCGUUCUUAGAUCUAAGUGUGAAUCCACUGGAGAAGUUGCCAGAUGCCAUCACAAACCUUAUUGCACUCCAAGAAUUAUAUUUGAAUGAUACCUACCUCGAAUAUCUUCCAGGAAAUUUUGGGAGACUAGCUAAUUUACGUAUACUUGAACUGAGGGACAAUUAUCUCAUGAUUUUGCCCAAAUCACUAUCCCGUUCCACUGAACUAUUAAGACUUGAUAUAGGACAAAAUGAUUUUCAACAAUUUCCUGAAGUGAUUGGAAGGUUCUUGAAACUAAGAGAACUUUGGAUUGACAGUAACAGUCUAACCUGUAUACCAGGGAUAAUAAAGCCAUUGGAGAGUUUAAUACAUUUAGAGGCAAGUAAUAAUAUGAUAGAAGAGCUUGCCCCUGAAAUUGGUUAUUGUAAGCAAUUGCAGGAUAUAAGCCUAUCGCUGAAUCACUUGACUCAGCUUCCUGACAGUAUUGGGCAGUUGAGUAAUCUGACUACACUCAAACUAGAUAAUAAUAGAUUAUACUCAAUACCUGAGAGUAUAGGCCAACUAACAAACCUUGAGGAGUUGAUGCUUAUGUGCAAUUAUUUGGACAAGGUGCCCUCAUCAAUAGGUCUUCUUAGGAAAUUGCAAUACCUUAAUAUUGAUGACAAUAUGUUAAGAUCAAUCCCUCCAGAAAUAGGGAGCUGUGUAAAGUUAUCUGUUUUGUCCCUUCGUGGUAACAAAUUGAUUAAAAUCCCUCCAGAAAUAGGCCAUUUAUCUUCUUUAAGAGUUUUAAAUUUAGUAAGAAACUCAUUGAGUAGUCUUCCCCAGUCCUUGUUGAAUUGUGAUAAUUUAGUGGCCCUGUGGCUGUCUGAGAAUCAAAGCAAACCUCUAGUGCCUAUGCAUUCUGAAGUAGACCCUCAUACAUAUGAACAAGUGUUGACUUGUUUCCUCUUUCCCCAAGUGCCUUUAGCCCCCAUUGAGAUCAAAUCUGACAAUGAGAAACCGGAUAAUUCUGAAACUCAAGCCUCUGCUCGUCAUAUUAGCUUUGAGGAUAUGAAGGUAGUUCCCAAAGUCCCAGAAAAACCAGGACAGUUAAGAAGAGCCCCCACUCCUUAUCCUAAAGAAUUAAGGGCACUGGCUAAACAUGCAAGGAACAUACAUAAAGAUGGCACACAAGAUAUUUCUCCUCCGAUGCAAAAUGCAGUACACAUCAAAGCUGCUAAGAUAACUCCAACACUUCAGCAAAGAUUUGCAUCAGAUAACAAAAAAGAACUGCCAAAUGUUAGCAAGGAAAAUUUGGAAGCACCUAAUCAAGAUGCUAUGAAAAUAUCUGUUUACGAUAAUGUGCCAGCCGAGAAUGCAUAUGACAAGCCUUUGGAUCUUUCACAUGAACAAGACAAAACUUAUAAAAGUGUGGAUCAUGCACUGUAUCCAGAAAAUAAUGGUGCUGCAACAGAACAUUUCAAAGGAGAUAAUGUUGAUCACUAUGUAUUAUCACAAGUACCAUAUCCUCCACAACCAAAUGAAAAAUAUUCUUCAAGACAAGACAUAGAUAGGUCUAGUGCACCCACACCUCAGAGUGUUUAUGGUGCUCAUAUGGAUUAUAAAAAUUAUCAGAGUGCUAAUGAUAGUGGCUAUAGAAAUACUAUAGAUGACACUUGCAAUCAUUUACAGAGAAUGAAUGUGAGCUCACAAGGCAGGGUGGUGCAUAAUGAAACCAUUUUGUCACCGCAUUUUAGUGAUAACUCAUACAAUACAAGGCCUGUUCUAAACAAUAUUACUUCUUAUGAGCCACUGUAUGUCCGCAAAGAUCAUGUAUGUCACCCUGUACCUGAAAGCAACUAUCAUGAAAGUGUAUAUGACAGUGAAACUUAUGCACGUGCCAAAGACAAAUCAUAUGGGCAAAGGAAUUAUGACACAUACAGCUAUCAUCCACAUAGCAGCCGUGAUUUGCCCAAUCCUAGAGUUCAUACUGUCAGUCAGGUUGUGAGCUCAACAACAAUGCCAAACUUAAGUAAUUACAACAAUAUAUACCGUGAUGGUGGUGCAGAGAGUCAUGAAUACAGGCCACAAACUAUCCAUCCACCACCUCCAUCAAAUGCCAAUAUCUAUAAUAUGUCUGCAGGAAGUCCUACAUAUGUGCCUAACCAAUCGCCAGAGCUAUAUUCUCCCACUGGUCAUACUAAUGAAACAAAUCCAUACAGGAUGACGAACACGCCACUCAUAUCAGAUGAUGGCAGUUACAGCCAUGUACAUUCACCUUCUAGUCAAAAUAUAUAUGAUUUGUAUGAUGCCAUACCAGCCUCCUCGAAUCCGCCUAGUGUAAUAAGCCAUAGACAUAGUCCUAGCAAUAUAUCUGAAAAUGUUUAUGGAAGAGGCCAACCACCGCCAUACCACAUUGCAGCUCCUUACACAAAACAUGCUCAGUAUUUUAAUGGGACGGGCGGAUAGUGUUUACAUUCUAAGGGAACACAAAAGUGUUUCUUUGAAAAGACUUUCUCAUAUGAACAAUAUUAGUGUAACUAUUAUAAUAAUAUAUUGUAUUAAAAUCAUUGCUCUUCAGUCAAUAUGGUAAAUCUGUUUUCUGAAUGUGCAAUUUAAAUGUGAUAUAAUUAAUAUAGAUAUGAAGCUAAGAAAUAAUUAAGGUGCUAGGGGAUGGAUCAUAUUGUUAACACUUAUUUAAGAAAAAUUAUGAUAAUUUGUAUAUAAAUUUCAUUGAGGGCUAUUGAAAAGUUAAUAAUUAUUUAUGUUUUAAAUUAUAAAAUUUGUGGCAUGUAAUUAGAAUAUGAUGUAGGUACUGAUUAAGUACAACUUGUAACAACUAUGUUGUUCCAAAAUGUUAUAAUAAUUAUGAGUUGCAUAAGGCAACUAAUUUCUAUAAAUUCAAUGUACAGUUCUCAGGAAAAUUAUGUGUGAUCCUUGAGUGUAAUGUAAAUUAUAAACAACUAAUACAUGUAGGAUAUGACUUCAAAGAAGUUUCCUUCUAUAGUGACUAAGCUCUGACAGGCUCAAACAUUGUUAUGUAUUAACUAUGUACUUAUUUACUGUUUUAUUGAAACUACUUCAAGGCUUGCAAUAUUGUAUAUUUUUAUAAUCUCAUGUGAUACUAUUUUAUGUAUGUUUAUAUUUACAAAGUUGAAUAUCAUAAAUUACUAUCAAGUCAACCAUGUUUGUAUAAUAAUUUAAAAAAAUACUAGUUCCAUUUUCAUUAUUAAGAACUCUAUGCAACAUUUUAUUCUAAAUUCUGUGAUGUUUGUCUUGAUAUAAUGCAUUUCAAGCUGUUAUUUUUAUAUUUGUGUACUUUUGAUACUAAACAUCACAGCUGUUAACAUAAUGUUAUGCAAUUUUUUUCCAUAUAUUUUUAAAUACAAGUUAUGAAUUAAACUAUACUCAACAAUCUAUUUUCUUAACAGCAUUUAUUUAGCGUUUAGUAACAUUGAUAUCGUAUUUAUUUUAUGGUGUCUAAUUCUUCAAGUUCAACAUUCUAAAUAUUGUAAUAUCAAAUUGAAAAGUACAGUAUUUUUAAUUCUGAAUGAUAUAUUUUAUAGUAUACACACAUUUAAAGUAAGACUUUUGACUGCCAGUUUAAACAUCUUAUUAUACAAUAAGUCUGGUAAUAAUGCCAAAUAGUACAUCAGGUUAACGUAAAUUAUUUACUAUUUUAUGUCUUAAUUUUUUCGUGCAAAUUAUAACUUAAUAUUUAUGUGGUAUGUAAUAACUUGAUGCAAUAACAAAGUCGCUCUCUAUUAGAAUAUUUUUAUUAGCAUGAUUCCUACUAAAUUUUAAAGUGUAGGUACACAUGAGUUAUAGCCAAUUAGAAAAAUAAUUCUCAAUAAAAUUUAUUUCAUGGGUAGAGCACACUAAUAGUGAUAGAUUUUCACAAAAUGUUAGAUAUAACCAUUUGAGGCAAGAUGUAGGAGGGUAGUUAAACACAAAAACAAACAAUAAUUGUAUAUCGGUGACGUACAUAUAUUCGAAUUAUAGAUCUUAAUUAUUAAGAGGGACGUAGCACAAAUAACAAAUUUCAUGCAAUGUGUACCUAUUGACGUUAGUAACACAAAUAAAUGUAUUUUUAUAUUA